AUGUUGUUGUUCUUGUCAGUGCCGCAGCCCCGACCGCCGGGAGCUCGAACCCGAGCCGGGGCCGCCCGGGCGGCGCGGUGGCGGCGGCGGCAGUGGCUGCGGCUGCAGCAGCUGCGGCGGCUGCGGAGGCUGCUGCGGGGCCUGCGGGGGCGGCCGGGGGCCGGCGGCCGGCGGCGCGGCCGGAUGGCUCUGUGCGGGCCGGCGGCGGGGGCCGCGUCGCUGCCCAGCGAGCUCAUCGUGCACAUCUUCUCCUUCCUGCCCGCGCCCGACCGCCUGCGGGCCUCGGCCUCCUGCUCGCACUGGCGCGAGUGCCUCUUCUACCCGGCGCUCUGGCCGCAGCUCCGCGUCUGCCUCCGGGUCUCCCCGGCGGAGCAGCCUCGGCUCGAGUUCCUCAUGCGCAAGUGCGGCUGGUUCGUGCGGGAGCUGCGCGUCGAGUUCGCCGCCGAGAACUACCUGAGCGGCGGCGGCGGGCCGGGCGGCGGCGGCGCGGACCCCGGGACCGGCGGGGAAGAGGUGGAGGCCGUGCAGCUCUCCUCCCGCUGGCUGGAGGUGCUGCGCACCUACUUGGAGCUGGUGCUGUGCGUGCUGGUCAGCAUCCGGAACAACAGGAACCUCCAGAAGUUUAGCCUUUUUGGAGACAUAAGUGUUCUACAACAGCAAGGAAAUUUGUCAAAUACAUACCUCAGCAAAGUGGACCCUGAUGGCAAAAAAAUCAAGCAGAUUCAGCAGCUGUUUGAAGAAAUCCUGAGUAAUAGUAGGCAACUGAAAUGGCUGUCCUGUGGGUUUAUGCUGGAAAUAGUAACCCCAACAUCACUGUCAUCUCUCUCAAACUCUAUUGCCAACACCAUGGAGCACCUGAGUUUACUGGACAACAAUAUUCCUGGUAACAGCACCCUUAUCACUACAGUGGAACUAGAGCGAUUUGUGAAUCUGCGCUCACUUGCCCUGGAUUUCUGCGACUUUACAGCUGAGAUGGCAAGAGUCUUGAGUGAUAGCAACCAUGUGCCUUUGCAGCGACUGUCUCUCCUGGCCCACAAUGUUUCUGUGAUGCACAAGUCUCUGGACAACAUGCCAAAUGAUGAGCACUGGAAAGCCUUGUCACGUAGGAGCCCCAGCCUCCGGGUCUAUAUAAUGGCUUUUGAUAUUAAGAGUGAUGAUAUGUUAAAGAUUCUGAAACCCAGUAUACCACUAGAGAGGAUUCAUUUUGACAGCUACAUCACUUGUGUUUCGGGAGCUAUUGUUGAUCUUAUAUCUAGGCAGUAUGACAAGUUCCUCACUCAUUUCAUAUUAAUGAAUGAUGUGAUUGAUACGUCUGGUUUUCCAGAUCUUAGUGAUAAUCGAAACGAAGAUCCAUUGGUGUUAUUAGCAUGGAGGUGCACAAAGCUCUCUCUUCUGGCAAUUCAUGGUUACACAGUGUGGGCACACAACCUCAUUGCCAUUGCUCGUCUUCGUGGCUCUAAUCUAAAAGUACUUGAAGUCACUGAAGAAAGCAUUGAUUUUGACCAAGGUGAACUGGCCGACCAGGAUGUGGAUCCAGUGCAUAACCUUAUUGAGCAGGUAUCCCUGGGCCUGGGUCAACCUUGGCACGCAGUCAUGGACAUCGAAUCACUCGGUGUCUUCACUGAACCAAAUCGUCAUUUUUAUAGAGAGAUGCAAAGCUUUAGUGAAGACAUUUAG